CCGCCGAUCUCGCAGGUCGUGGUGCGAUUUUUUUCUCCCAGUCCGCUGCUCACUGUCCUCGUGACCGUCAUAUCUUUCUCUCCGCCUAAACUUCUGCAUUCCACCAGACCGGAAACGAGGAGUCUGGCCUUGAACAGCAUCCAGCUUUACCCCAUAAUUACCCCUGCUCACUCCACAUCAUGUUGAGGUCUAGAACCGAACCUUGACAUCCGCCGUGUCUUGAGGGAACCAUUAACACCGCACCACCCCCGCCAGGAAUUUGCAGACGAUAACCCUGCUAGACUUGUUAUUUCGAAAGGGAACUGUGUCUCUUUUUUUUUCCCCCUCUGCAUCUUGACCAUAAGGCUUCUGACGGCAAAGACGAGAAAUGUCACUCCAGCUCGGCCGCGUCCUGCGCACCGCGGCGGGGAGGCGGGGCCCCGCUUCCCGGAUACUCGGAAACGCUCCCGGCUCGGUCUCCACCGCCAUAGUGACAGCACCGGCUCGGCUCCGCGCAUCCGCCGGGUUCCACACCGUUCCGGCUGUUCGGCGGCAGGACCAGAACAGGACCACGGGGACAAAAUCAACGUCAAACAACAACAACAACAACAACAAGACGGAGAAGAAGGAAAAGAAGAAGAAGCCAACGGACGAAGAGAUUGCCGCGGUGGCCGGCUCGUAUGCGCGCACCGAUGACUCCAUCACGGUCGAGUACCCGCCGGACGAGCAGCUUCCCUCGUCCAAGCCCGUCGCCGGGGCCGGGCGCGCCGGUGCCCAUGUCUUCCCCACGCUGGCGAGCUUUUCGUUGCAGGGCAAGGUCGGGGUCGUUACCGGCGGAGCGAGGGGGUUGGGGUUGGUGAUGGGGCAGGGAAUGGUCAUCAGCGGCGCCGAUCUGGCCAUUGUCGACCUCAACAAAGAAGAAGCAGUCCGCCAGGCCGAGAACAUCGUCGAGACCUUCAAGCGUGACCACCCGGAUGCUAAGAAAAUUCCCAAGGUGACAGCCCACUACGCCGAUGUCUCAGACCCCGCCUCGGUCGACGCCUGCAUCGCUGAGAUUGUCGCCGCGCACGGCAAGAUCGACAACCUCGUGACCUCGGCCGGCUUCACCGAGAACUUUGAAGCCAUCAACUAUCCAAUCGACCGCAUGCGCAAGCUGUGGGGAGUCAACGUCGACGGGACCUAUCUAUUUGCUACGGCUGUUGCGAGACAUCUGAUGGCGCGCAACGCCAAGGGCAGCAUGGUCUUCAUCGGGAGCAUGAGCGGUGCCAUCGUGAACGUGCCUCAGCCGCAAGCCCCUUACAACGCAGCCAAAGCCGCCGUGAGACACCUCUGCGCCUCGCUGAGCGUGGAGUGGGCCAAAGCCGGCAUCCGGGUGAACUGCAUCUCGCCCGGUUACAUGCUUACGGCGCUAACCCAAAAGAUAUUGGACGACAAGCCGGACCUCAAGAGGCAAUGGACCUCCCUGAUCCCCCAAGGCCACAUGGGCUCGCCCGAGGAUCUCAUGGGUCCCGUGACAUUCCUCCUGUCGGACGCGUCGAGUUAUGUCACAGGCGCGGACCUGCGUGUUGACGGUGGAUACACCGUUACAUAAACACCCCUUCUUGGUCCUUUUUAGUUGCCUACAGGUAGCUAGUUGGAGGCGAAGGUGAGCCAUGUACGGGACACAGGGCGGGCUGGUAUUGGGAUGGUUUGACGUCAAGAAAGGAUGAUGAUCACGCUAAAUGCGAUGCAUUUUUUUGCUUUUUCGAAAUAGUAAUGUCUACCUACUUGUUGGUUGGAGACAGAGUAGACGAACCAGCGCAGUUCCAAGAUCUGUCUUUGGCCCUCUCCUUCUCUGGUAUCUGCUUGCUUAUCGUCGGCGUGCUUGGACUUGAACUUGGAGCCGCCACUUGGCUCGUGCCCAUCAAGGUUGUGUAACGACCUUGGAUGUUUGCCAGACGCCACCCCGAGAAAAAAGAAAGUAG